AGCUCUGAUUUUCCUUUGUGUAAAAAAUAAAAUAAUCGCGCAUCCGCACGGACUCGCGCUGCGCGCACACCGCUCUGGUUAAACCAGCGCCGUUUCUCUUUUCUAGUUAAACGGAAAUAAGAAUAAAGAAAAUGCAUCUUUACAAUUUCAUCGGUAUUUCCCCAUGUAAGCACACACAUUCCCCCGUAUGUUAGUAUUUGGUGUAUAGCAGUUAGAACGAGCGCUGGUUUGAGGUUUAGAGAGACCGGGCUGUAAGUAGGUCGGGCUGGGUUUAAGCGGCUUUAGCCUGCGUCAGCCUAAGCUGGGAGGAAUUCACCCAAAGCCCUCCGCGGUAGGCGGGGGCCUAAACGAGGCUGGCCUAGUUAAGCCUGAUUCUUAUUGUUGCCGUGUGUGUUGUGUAACACAGAGCAGAGAAGAUCUCGGAUGAGAGAGAGUACAUGCGUUAGACAGAGACUGUUUGAUUGAGAAUCCAUGAAGGAGGAGAAAGAAGAGGGACAAGGAAGAGAGUGAGUGAGAGUUAAACCAGUAUUAGCCUGAGCCUCAUCACAGAACAGAAAGAAAAGGGAGGUAGAGAACCAGACCAAAUCUCAAAAGGGGAGGAAACGAAGCGAGAUAUUGUGUUGAGUUAGUGCUGGUGUCUAGGCCUGGCUCGGUUCAGUCUGGUUCCCUGGGCUAUGUUCUAAGAUGUCGUCUGGGUCCGUCUACAUGUCGUCCAGUAUGGUGGGUAAGGCUCGCUCGUCCAACUUCACCCUGUCUGAGAAACUGGACCUGCUGAAGCUGGUCCGCCCACACAUUCGCAUCCUGGAGGAGCACACCAACAAGCACGCUGUCAUCGUGGACAAGAACAAGUGCUGGGACACAGUGUCUGAGCAGUACAACGUCCUGGGGGGGGACAGGCCACCCCGCACUGCUCAGGGCCUACGCACCCUCUACAAGAGGCUGAAGGAGUCGGCCAAACAGGAAGUGAUGCAACGGAGACAUGCCCAGCCAGAGUACAGAGGGAGUAUAUCUGAACCAACCAGGAGAGUGAUGGAGAUGAUCCCUCACCUUUUCCGUCACGGAGCUGUCCACCAUGAUAAAGACCCAGCAACGAUGCACAGGAUGAUGUAUAAGCAUGACUCUCCUAUGGAGCAACCUGGCAGCAGCUCCUCCCUCCCAGACUACCCAUCAAACCCCGUCACACACCACCUGGACCAGGAUGUGGUCAGGCUGGACCAGGAUGUGGUCAGGCUGGACCAGGAUGUGGUCAGGCUGGACCAGGACGUGGACGUGAAGCCUCCGCCAGACCUGACCAUCCUCUCCACGCGUGUGGGGGUGGUGCUAGGAGGAGAGGGGGCGGAGGAGGAAGAUGAGGAGUUGGGCAGUGUCCAUGGUUAUGACGGCUCCCUCUCUCCCUGCCCAUCCUCCGUCGUCCUGCCCCUCUCCACCUCACCCGUUACACUGCAACGUGACCUUUACCCUCAUGACCACUACCCCCGCCGUGACCCUGACAGGCUCCGUCCCCUUCAGCUGGCCAAGGAGGAGCACGAGCAGGUCAUGACCAAUCACAGACAGAUGGGUGUAUACUUGGAGGAGAAGAGGGAGGGGCUAAAGAGGAAGCAGGAACUGGAGGAGGAGCUUCUGAGAGCAAAAAUCAAAGUAGAGAAACUGAGGGCAGCCAGGCUGAGACAUGGACUACCACUGCCCCUAUAACUAACACACUCAUUGCCUGAUUGGACUGACCAUUUGGCACUCAGGAGGAUGCUCUGAAUUGUUUGUAUUUCUGUGUUGAAUGUUUAGCGUGUGGAAGAGGGGUUUGGCCUGAGAAAUAAUGUUUGUGUGAUGAACAGUGAGUUUGAGGGAGGAUUUAAAGGUCCGAUGCAGCCUUCUCUAUCUCAAUAUCAAAUCAUUUCUGGGUAACAAUGAAUUACCUUACUGUGAUUGUUUUCCAUUAAAAUAAUCAAAAAGAGACAAAAAUAGAUUCUUAGCAAAGUUCAAUUUCUCAAGUAAGAAUUUUGCUAGGGAUUGUCUGCGAGUGGUCUGAGUGGGGAGGGGAAAACUGAAAACAAACUGUUAUUGGCAGAACAGUUUGGAACUCUCUUUCUUAUUGGUCUAUUAACACAUUUAUGGUGAUGUCACCAGGCAGGUCAAAACUCCAUCCCAUCAGAACAGGCUGAAAUUUCAGCCGAUCUUUUCAAACAUCUCAUACGCUAAAAGGGCAUUAUCAUUAAUUUCACCAUUUCACAGUAUUCCAAUCUCAUAGUAUGGAAAUAUACAGUACCAGUCAAAAGCUUGGACACAUCUACUAAUUCAAUUGUACUAUUUUCUACAUUGUAGAAAAAUAGUGAAGACAUCAAAACUAUGAAAUAACACAUAUUGAAUCAAAAAACCAAAACACAUAUUGAACCAAACAGUGUUCAACAAAUGAAAAUAUAUUUAAUAUUCUUCGAAGUAGCCACCCUUUUGUCUUGAUGACAGCUUUGCACACUCUUGGCAUUCUCUCAACCAGCUUCAUGAGGAAUGCUUUUCCAACUGUCUUGAAGGAGUUCCCACAAAUGCUGACCACUUGUUGGCUGCUUUUCCUCCACUCUGCAGUCCAACUCAUCCCAAACCAUCUCAAUUGGGUUGAGGUCGGGUGAUUGUGGAGGCCAGGUCAGCUGAUGCUGCACCAUCUCUCUCCUUCUUGGUCAAAUAGCCCUUACACAGCCUGGAGUUGUGUUUUAGGUCAUUGUCCUGUUGAUAUACUAAUGAUAGUCCCACUAAGCGUAAACCAGAUGGGAUGGUGUAUCGCUGCAGAAUGCUUUGGUAACUAUGCUGGUUAAGUGUGCCUUGAAUUCUAAAUAAAUCACAGAUAGUUUCAUGAGCAAAGCACCAUCACACCUCCUCCUCCAUGCUUCACGGUGGGAACCACACAUGCGGAGAUCAUCCGUUCACCUACUCUGCGUCUCACAAAGACAUGGUAGUUGGAACCAAAAAUCUCACAUUUGGACUCAUCAGACCAAAGGACAUAUUUCCACCGGUCUAAUGUCCAUUGCUUGUGUUUCUUGGCCCCAAAAAGUAUCUUCUUAUUGGUGUCCUUUAGUAGUGGUUUCUUUGCAGCAAUUAGACCAGGAAGGCCUGAUUCAAGCAGUCUCCUCUGAACAGUUGAUAUUGAGAUGUCUGUUACUUGAACUCUGAAGCAUUUAUUUGGGCUGCAAUUUCUUAGACUGGUAAUGCCAAUGAACUUAUCCUCUGCAGCAGAGGUAACUCUGGGUCUUCCUUUCCUGUGGCAGUCUUAAUGAGAGCCAGUUUCAUCAUAGCGCUUGAUGGUUUUUGCGACUGCAAUUGAAGAAACUUUAAAAGUUCUUAAUGUUCCCUAUUGACUGACCUUCAUGGCUUAAAAUAACGAUGGACUGUAAUUUCUCUUUGCUUAUUUGAGCUGUUCUUGCCAUAAUAUGGACUUGGUCUUUUACCAAAUAGGGCUAUCUUCUGUAUACCACCCCUACCUUGUCACAACACAACUGAUUGGCUCAAACGCAAUAAGAAGGAAAUACAUGUUUCAACAAGGCACACCUGUUAAUGGAAAUGCUUUCCAGGUGACUACCUCAUGAAGCUGGUUGAGAGAAUGCCAAGUGUGUGCGAAGGCAAAGAAGAAGAAUCUCAAAUAUAUUUUGAUUUAACACUUUUUUUGGUUACUACAUGAUUCCAUAUGCGUUAUUUCAUAGUUUUGAUGUCUUCGCUAUUAUUCUACAAUGUAGAAAAUAGUAAAAAUAAAGAAAAACCAUUGAAUGAGUAGGUGUGUCCAAACUUUUGACUGGUACUGUAUAUAAAACACAGGUAAAUCUUGUUUUUGACUGCACUGGGCCUUUUGAACAGUGUCUUUGCGUAAGGAAGUGUGUGUUUUUAGUGAGGAUUUAAACAGUGUGUUUGCGUGUGCGACAGUGUGUGUGGUGACUACGGUUGAGCUAUGACUCUGGAGCAAAAGACAAUACAGAUCUCUGCUUUUGUCAGACAAGAGGCGCUACUAUCAUUGGUUUUAAAACUGGUACUAUUUUGACUGGUUUCAUUUCGUUCAAAACCCUGUGUUGCUUUACCAUCCUAUUAGGAGGGAAGAUGAUAGGUGAU